AUGCUCUACCAGCUGAGCUACGAGGCCACACCGAUAGCACUGAGCUUUUUCACAUUCGAAUUUACCCAUCCAACUUACAGAGGCAUGUGGCAUCCACCAGUUAGCAUGUAUAAAGCUUUACAAGGCACUCUGGCCAAGUUGCCCGGAGAAACAAAGGUGUAUUGCGGUCACGAGUAUACAGUGAAAAAUUUACAAUUCGGUCUAACUGUUGAACCAAACAAUGCGACAAUGAAGCAGCGUCUGGACGAGAUGCAGCGAUUGCGUGCUGCGAACACUCCAACCGUACCCGGAACGAUAGCUGAGGAACUGCUUACCAAUCCGUUCAUGCGUGUUACAGAGGCCAGUGUUUUGGCCCACGCAAAAACUCAAGAUCCGAUCGAGGCGAUGAGAGUGAUACGACAAGAAAAAGAUCGUUUCUAA